AUGGUGGUUCGCAUAUUGGUCGUACGGAACGGCACUCAAGAGAGCUGUGACGCAGCUGGCGGCACCGACGACGGUGUCGGCGGCAGCGGCUACAGAAACAGCGGCAUGGCCAUCAGCGGUGGUGGCGACGCCGUGGAGGAUGCCAGCGUGCCGUAUCACCUUCCCGCACUGCCGCCACCACCCAUGACGGUCGAGGAUGCGAAUCGCCACGAAGACAGCAACCGCCCCGAGUGCUGCGAUGAGCGGAUUGGCAGCAGCACGCAAGUGGCAGAGAGCGGAGGAGGAGCAGUGCAGAGCAGCCAGCGAAAAGGCCCGCCCUCGGCAACGAUACCCAAGACAUUGUCGCCAUCGGCGGCGCGAGUGCGGCCGCGGGCGAUCACAACGAGCGGCGUUUCCUCCAACCACACUCUCGGAAAGGACUGCGUCACCACUCCGUGCGCCGUCCGUGCGAAGGCGCCGACCAGCCCAGCAGCCUCGCCCUGUGCUGAGCACAGCCUCGGUGUCGCUCCGCCAUCUCUCCUUGCCCCAGCGCCUCUGCCAAUCAGCCUCAGGGAGCGCACUUCGUCACCGCCGUUGGGCACAUUCGCCGCCGAGGCAGGCCAGAGACUCGGCAGCGUCGACCAUGGCACCAUCAGCGCCGCGUCCAAUUUGAUACGGCCAGAACUGCUUUGUAAGGAGGCCUUGUACGACGCUCAGCAGCGGACUGUGUCCUCGGAUUCGGUGCCGGCUUCCAGGUCACAGUCACGCAGUCGCAUCGCAUCGCAUGCCGACGUCUCCUUGGUGCAGUACGCGCCCGUCACGGCAUCAGCGCCGCACGAGGCAGAGCCACGCCCCAUUCACGUGAACGCCACGGCGUCGCUGUCGUGUGGGGUGCACUCCUGCACCCUCUACGAGCCAGCCCCCGGCCCGGAUGUCGCCACGUCCACCGCGGUGGGUGCGGCAGCCAUGCCUACCUUGGAAGCCGCCACCGCCAAGCAACACUCCACGUCGGCUGCAUCGGCACCGUUGCGCGUGAGCGAGCAAGCACCCCAACCCGAUGCUAGCGCACCACCUCUGCAUGGCUGGGCCUCCUCCGUCAACAACGCCGGCACUCCCGUCCCCGGCUCGGCUCGCUUUAGGGAGGCGUCUUGCCCUGCUUCGCCGGUGACGAUGAUGCCCUUGUUCACCGCCACAUCGCCUUUCGCCAGCGCCGUGAUCGCAGUCACGUCCGCUGAGCCGCCCCGCUCGCUUGGCGCGCUGCCUCUGUCAAGCGCGUCCAGCUCGUCACCCUCGCCUCCACCAGCGGUGCCAUCACCGUCCCCGACGCACCCUCGGGGUCUGCAAGCACCUCCACCGCAGCAGCAGCUGCCUUUGCCUGCGAGGAUGACCUCGUUGGUGCAAGUUUCGGAAGGAGAGGGGAUGUGUGAGGACCCGGGCAAGGUCUUGCUGUCCUUGCACGGCAACCUUCAUGCACCACUCGGCGGCCCGGAGAAGGCCAACGCCGGCGUCAACACGGCGUUGUGCGCCACCCUGCUCAGCGGAUGCGGCGGCCUCAGCCCCUUGGGCACUCGGGAAGCGGCGGGACUGACCGCCCGGCCAAGCACACCCAUCUUGAAGUCCAGCGCAGGUCCUCAGCCACACCCGCGACUGCUCGAGUCGUCUUCCCUCACUGCUGGGACCUCGUUGACACAGCCGAUGGGGAGACCGCUGGUCUCACUUCCGCCGAUUCUCAGCGCUGGUGCCGCGGCGAACUCCACCUCAUCCUUAUCGCUGCUCCUCCCGCCGGCUGCCGUGCCCGUCAGCUUCCUCAGCGGCAGUGGUCACAAGAAUGGCGGCGGCGGCGGCAGCGGCAGCAGCAGCACUGGUGCGGAAGGCGCUGGAGGCUUUCGGUCACCCUUGGCGUUCCGCUCUCCCUUCACCUCCGUGCUCACGCCACACGCGCACCACCACCAUUCGGCCGCGGUGUCCCCUCACCCCUGCCUCUUCCACCGAUGUGCAUCUGUGCGGCCUCCGACGCCACUGCAGCUGCCGCCACAGCAGUCGUCAGCACUGCAGCAUGGAUUCAGCUCUCCCCCCAGCUUCCAUCAGCAACAGCAGAGGCAGAGGCCUCCCGACCCCUCCCCGCCGCGCACGUCGAUGAUGUCCAUCUCCUCCUCAUCGUCCCUCUACUCCGGGUCUUCACCGCCCCUGUUCGCCUUGGGCAACCCCGACCCCGCGCCAGGGAGCGGCCCUCUCCCAGCCUCGUCGUUGACGUUCAUGCAAGGCGGCGGCGUGGCCGUAGCAACGGCCAUGUCGCCAGCAUCUGCGCACCACACUGCCGGCGGUUCACCGGCAGCUGCACGCCGCCCUCCUCGCGUGCACUCCCCACUUCUGCUGCCGCCGUCCGCGGCAAUGCCGCCCUUUACGCCCCCGUCCCUUGUCACCUUUCCGUGGAGCGGCAUAUCUUCGCCCAGCGGGGCGGGGCGGACGCGUCAGUCUUCGCUGGCGCUCUUCGCCAGCACCCCUGGCCUCCAUAGUAUGUCUUUCCCGACGCCAGGUCAAGCCGCAUCGAGUCUGACAUCAGCGCCGACGGUCUCAGCCGUGGUGGCGCACAAGGAAGUGGAUUGGGGGAAUGUCCUGCGUCCCAACGCGGCAGGCAGCAACGCUAUGGCGUCGCGCGAUGCCUCUCAGUCGCGAGAUCAGCAGCAGCAGCAACAUCACUCCCACCACCGCCUGCACACUGUGAACCACCGUUCAGCGAGAGGGGUGGCGGCCCAACCGGUAGUGUGCCCGCCGACAUGGCGUGUGCUUGAGGUCUCUGGCAGCAGCAGCGGCAGCAUGGACAAGAGCGGCGAUCGCUCCGCCGAGUGGUGCAGUGAGGACGGGCAGCAACGCCUGAGCAUCGCGUCCCCCGCAGACUCGGCAAGGGCGCGGCAGCCACACGAACGCGAGGUGCCACGCGACGUUAUGGAGGUGUUGGGGUCACCUGACGUGGGCCGCGAAGGUGACGACAGCGAGGCGAAUGCGCGCCUCGGGGACAAGGAGGUCGAUGAUGCCGGCAACUACCUGGCAGAAGAGGUGGUUGCCUCCGAGGAUGAGCGCGAGGCGUCAUCACUGAUGUGCAGGUGUCGCCGAAGCAGAAACAGUGUCGCUGUACACGACGCAAUACGCACAGCAGCGCUAACACCACCAGCUCGCCUGCUGCGAGCCAUGCCGCUGCACAGUCGAAGCGGCGACAGCACCUACCCACCCGAACACACCACAGGAGCCCCAGAGGAGGCGUUCACGGCCGAACGCGGCUUCAGUGCCUCCAGCAUUCUCGCCCCCACCCUUCCGCAUACCCCUGGCCGGGCAUCGAGCAGCAGCGCAACAGCCGCGACGGUCACCCACGGGCGCCACUUUUGGGUUUCCUCCCUCGCAUCCCUCAGUCACGGUAAGCAAGGCGCCGCACUCGCUGCGGCAGCGUCUUGCCAGGCCCUGCCAACAGCGCACACGCCGUCCCCCUCAACCCCUUCUCCCUUUCCCGUGCCCCCUGGCUGUAGGUGGGCGCGCGGCAGUGGUGCCGCUGCCCGGCUCACCGAGCAUCUCUCCGUCUCCCCCGCGCCGUCUAGGUCACCAAUGUCGCCCAGCUACCGCAAGACGUCCGGGAGGGCGGUGAGUGGUCACAGCAACAGCAGUCUCGGCGGUCUCUGUCGUGAAUCACCGAUGCGAAGAGGCGCCCGAAGUCGGCGCGCGAGCUCCGUUACAAUCAUCGGGGUGGCUGAGGAUGAGUCCGUGCCGGUUUCGGUGCGCGGCAUCACCUCACCGAGACCAAGCUUCACAGCGGCGGGUGCCGCACCGCGGAGAACGGCCUCGAUUAGUGCGCGCUCGGCACCCCUGCAAGCAACACCAUCGUCUCCCGCGGCGGUCCCGCCACUGACGGAGCUUCUGCUGUCGUCGCCGUCAAGUGCUACCGGCAGCGGUGCGUACUACCGCUUGAACUCGAGCUGUAAUGGAGACAUGCCAACCCCGGAUAUGGCGGCAGCGGCCGCCGCUGCUGUGCAGCGCCUACACCGAAAACGCUCUAUCCCCGUACCGCCGCCCUCGACGGCGCUGGCGUUGUCGCCGAAAGCAAGUGCUGCCACGCAGUCGCCCGAAGGCGCUGUGGCGGCUGAGCGUGACGCGUCAGCCCUAACGGAAGCCACCCAGCAACAGCAGGGGCGGGAACGCGACGUCAUCACGGCAGCAGUGGCCGCCACUACAGACGCGGCUGCGCCGCCGGAAGCGUCGACCACGGAGACGGAAAAACUCUCAGCUCCGUUGCCGCAAGGUCGGAGCAACGAAUCGAGUCGCUCGCUUCAUCGCACGCCAUCGUCCGUUGCCCGCGCAGUGGCCGUGGCGCUGCGGCGUCCGCGGCGCUCUGAAGACCCCGCUAGCGGCUGCGUGCCUCUCCACAACCCGUUCCCGCGCAUACCCAGUCUGCUUAUGAGCUCUACGCGUCCGUCAUGGACGGCCGCCAUGGAUCCUACAAAGGUCGCCGAUCCCGGCGAACCCAGCGUGAAUCCUUUGCGAUGCAUGCAAGAGGGUGAGGCAGCGGAAGCGAACGGCACGCCUGAAGUCCUCAGGCGGCAGCAAGCUGAGCGAGAGCAACCGCCAUCUGCCGAACAAUCACAAGUGCGGCCAGGAGCGUGCUUCAAGCAUCCUAGCAGCAGCCCGAAUCUCGGCGUCGCUCUUGUCUCCGCAUCCACGGCCGUUUUAGCGGCACCACAGCCGCCAUCGGACGACAAGGCGGCGGUGUCCGCCACAACCCCGGAAAGCCGGCACCGCUACCACCGCGUAGGCGCCUCGCCCUCGCCCUCGCCCUCGCCCUCGCCCUCGCCCAUCCCGCUAACAAUGUCGACGAUUGGGACGGCGAUGACUGGCGUGAGUUGGUUGCGCAGCACAGGUGAACAGUGA